CCUAAUUUCAUCACGUUUUCCCAGUUCCCGCAGUGGUUUAUUCAUCGUUCGCGUGGCAUAGGAUUUCGAUUGCCAUAGACCCGCAGAAUUUUAAUGAUAUCCUCUAUCGGGGGGGAUAAUAAUAGUGGGAAUUGUUCGUUGUUGAGAUAAUUUCGAGCGGUUCAAAUACGGAAAAUUUUUGGAACAGUUCCGCUACCGCCAUUCAAUAAUUGAGAAAAUACGCAUGUGUCUUGGGCACGGUUGAUUUCUACCAUAUGCAUUGUUUUUCAGUACUGAACAAAAUCCAUUUUCUUGCGCACACUGUUCUUUCUUUAUUUGCUUACGAAAAGUCGCAAUAUGUACUGUGAAAGCUACGUUAGGUAGCAUGAAUAGAAUCCGUCCACGACGAGAAGAUAAAUUACUUAUCAUCCAGCAUCCAGCCAUCAACUUUAAAACGGCGCAUCAAUCCUUGAAAAAAUACUGAAAAUGACGACGAUUGACUCCGACUCGGAAUCUCAGGACAGUGACGAUGGACGACGUUUUCGUUUUGAAGCUACAAGGAAGGAUGAUAUGUUGAGACUGCACAGUCAAAACAAGAGAAGGUCGCCGAUUUCCAAGGGUUCCAAGUACAGAUCAAGAUCUAUGGAAAGAAUCAGUCACAAUAGAAGAGAUGCUGGUAAAAUGAAACAGGAUCGUGAUCGUAAAGAAGCCAACGAUCGAGAUAGGCGGAAAAAUUCUAAGGACAGAGAUUCAUUACGGGAUAAUAAACAUGAUAAAAGUAACAAUAAAGAUUCGAGGCAUAAUAGCAAAGGAAAUAUUAAAGAAUUGCCAGACUCAAAAACUUUAGUAGAGGGUGAGAAACGUUGCAGUGAUUCCAAGAAUUCAAAUUACCGAGAUAGUAAAGAUUCUGUUAGAAAUUCAUCCAAUAGCAAAGAUCAUAGAAACGUGAAAGAUUCGAGAUCAAGAGAGUUGAAAAACACCAGUAUACGUGCUCCAAAAGAUACGAGAGCGAAAGAAACUAAAGAACCCAAAGAUCAGGAUGAAAAGAACUUCAGAGAUCACUUGCGAGAUCGAGGUCGUGUACCUAAAAGAUCACGUGAUGCAAGUCACGAGAGAUUAAUGACAGCAAAGCACGGCCACAGAUCGCGAGAAAAACACAAUAGCAGAGAUAGGUCAAACAAUAGGGAUAAAACUAAACCAAUGGAUGAUGAAAAGAUAAAAACCAAAAAUCCACCUCGGAAACAAUGCUCCAAGGAAGCGUCGGAGAGAAAAAGUCUCAAGCGCGAUACUCACUCGCCGAGCAAAAUACUGGAACAAAUUGGCAGCGAUAGCGAGUCUGAUUUGGGUGCUCUAGAUCCGGACGUUGGUCCUGUUAUGGCCCUCGAUGCCUUGGAAGAUUGCCGAGAAAUGAAUUUGUCUGAUUUUGAUAUAAUAUCGGACACGGAAGGAACAUCCCUAGACUCAUCAGAUGCCAAGUCUCCAACAGUUAAAGGACCGAUCAUCAGAGGAGAAAUUUUAGCACCUCAUUACUAUGGACCAAAAAUCAAAAAAAGAGUAUCUCGACGACAGUACGAACGUUUGGUGAAGAAACAAGCGGCGUUGAAUACACACCGCUUGGAGGAUAUAUACAAGGUAAAUCCAAGGAACGACAACAUCACGCCACUAGCUCCAAGUAAUAAUAACCCUAGUGCCGUUUCAGAUUUCUUACUAGGUCCCGAGGCAUCUGUGUCUGCGGUUCGGGAUCUUCGCGGAAGCCAUAAAAGAGAGGACGAAAAUAGCAAAGAUUGGAGCAAGGAACAAGAUUUGGAAGAAGAUGUAUAUAAGCUCGAAGAAAAAGGAGAACAAGAUUUGCGUAAAGUCAACUGCUUAAAACUAGAUAAACUGAGCUUAACCAGCUCAAAUAAUAAAGAAAAGUCAAGUCGGCGUAACGAAUCGUUAUCAAUUAAUAAAGGCGACGAAGAUCAUCGAGGACAAAUUGUAGAUAGUGAAAUAUACGGACCAGUGUUGCCACCAAAAUGUCUUAAAGAUCUUCCCUCUCACCCUAAAACUCGUAGCGGCGAAGUAGAUAAAGUCGUUAGAAAACCAAAUGUCUUCAGAGAAGUUGCAGCUCCUUGCCACAAAGCCGAGCAUGGGAGUUCUCCGAAUGAAAUGUCUCAAAGUUUGUCAGCAAAAAGUUAUUCCACGGAAAUAAAAUCUGAUAGUGAAAAUUGCGAUGACUUUUUACCCAAAGACUCCUGCUCUCCAGUUACAUUCGGUAAGAAUACUAAUGAACCGAGGGAUGCUAUUAUUGGCCCCAGUCUACCUCCAGCUUUCAGACUCAAUUCUGAAUCACCGAAAUCCCGAUCCCAAACGACCUACGAUCCAAGUUUGCUGAACCAUUCAGCCAAAGUCAAAGAAGAGAUCAAACAAACCGAGGCUAUCGGGCCAAGUUUGCCACCUGGAUUUCAGCGAGACUAUGCACUGAACUCUACAACGUCAUCAGAUGAAAACUCUGCUUCACACCAACAUCCCACGAUCUCAUUAAGGUCAUCUGUAUUCGGUCCUACACUGCCGCCGUAUUUGAUGAAGAAAGUAAUAGAUCACAGUGUUGAGAAAUCCGGCUCUGAUUCAGAAGACGACGUCCUCGGACCCAUGCCAUCUGAUCAUCCGGCAGCAAUCGACAGUUACAUUCAACGGCAGUUGGAAGAUCGUGCGAGACGAAUGAAGAGCAAACUUGAUGGAGAGGACUCUAUUGUUGAGAAACGCGAAGAAUGGAUGCUGGAGCUACCGUCGGUGCAGGCUGCAAAUCUUGGGCUUGGUAAACGUCAAUUCAGAAAUAAAGCUGGACCAGAUAUGUCUGAUAGAUCUAGCUGGACCGACACUCCUGCAGACAAAGCCAGAAAAAAAGAAGAAAAGGUAUUAGGGAAGUCAAAAGUAGCUGAUCCAGCAAGGGAAUCGGAGAAGUUGGCCAUUCAACAGCGUGACAAGGCGAUGGAGGAAAUGGCAAAAAAACAUGCAUCGAAGAAACGGAAAGAGUCUCUUCUGGAAAUUCAUAAGAAAAAACUUCAUAAGAAGAAAAAGAAAGAAGAGAAGCAAGCUAAGGAGGCAGAAAAACCGACACGGAGACCUUUCGAUCGAGACAUAGAUCUGCAGGCAAACCGAUUUGACGAAGCACAGAAAAAAUCAAUAUUGAAAAAAGCCCAACUACUGAAUGACCGCUUUUCUCGGGGCGAGAGUAAAUAUUUAUAACGAAUGGAUCAAUUUAUUUAUAUAUAUAAUAAAUGUGAGCUGAGUUAAGCUGUAUUUAAUAAAUAAUCGAGCCGUCUGCUUGCAGCCCGGCAAAAUAAUUGUGAAUAUUAAUGAAAUUAUGAUAAAAUAGUAAUUACAGUAUAACAGUUUGUGACAUUACACAAAUUUCAACACAAUUUACAAAAUACGCCCACUCUGAUAUUAUUACAGGAAAAUCUUAUUCAGACAUCACAUAUUCCUCUACUCUGUAAAUGGUUAUACUUAUUAUACUGAACGAAGACUUACAUUAGUAUAAAUCUACAUAUAUUUCUGAAUUCACUAAUGGUAAAUCUUUGUGUGAUGAAAUACGGAUGGAUUAUAUGAUAGAUCAUCUUGCAACUGCUGUAGCUAA